AUGAUCUUGGGACUCGACCACUUCACCUUCAACGAAAUCUGUUUCUCUGUCAUGAUAGCAUCCUAUUUCCUGGUGAACUUGAUCAACCUCAGCAAUGCGACGCCUAUGGGAUCGGGCUCGGCGAUCGAAGGAACGAUGGCUAUGAGUUCAGCAUUCGAAGCGAUAUCCUCCAUGGCACCCGCUGGUGUACUUCCUGGUGUUCCUUCUGGUGGUGCGUCUCAUGUGGUGACUCCGCUGGCUGGAUCGGGUCAGGCUGCGGGUGGAUCGCCGACUGCUACCAGAGCCGCACCCCAACCUCACGAAACUCUCGACUACGGCCCUGUAAAUACGCCGGAUACGGGCUGCGAACUCGGUAAUGCCAUCGUCGUAAACAAGUGUUCCGUUCCCGUCAACAUCAACACCAUCGGUGGAUUCCGCUUGAACGGAAGCCGUACGAAGGAGCAAGGGUAUGGCACACCAGAAGAACAAGUAGUUUACCCCAUCGCUCCCGGCGAGACUUACACCGAAGGAUUCCGUAGCACUUGGGUCUCCCCCGACGAUGUCAACUCUCAGGGCUAUAACCUAGAUACCGAUAAAGUAUUCGGCCAAGGAAUCUCGAUCAAGAUAUCCUGGGCCGACAAGCCCGGUAACAACAAUGUCACACAGUUCGAAUACGCUCUGACCUACAACCCCAGAGCUCCGGAACCGUACCCUCUUCUUUGGUAUGAUGUCUCGCUCUUGGACUGCGGUAAGCCGGCUAAGCACAACGGCACCGAUUUCACCGCCACGGAUGCGGACUACAAGGCCAAGACAGAUCAGUGUCCCGGGUACCAGGGCGGGCUAACUUUGAAGUUCGAGCCUGAGGCGGGUAUCAAGAAUACAUGUCCGGAGAUUGAUUGCGAAGGGGAGUGUCGCGACAUCUACAACUUCGAUAGGACGAGGGAGCAUGAGCCGACGAAACAGUGUUGGGGUGAGUUCAAGGGGAACAUGAUCUUGAGCCUGUGUGCUGGAAGUGGUGAGGGCACUGCCAGCACUCGCAGAGGGGUUGGAAAAGACGAGGAUGUCCAAAGCGCUGGAAGUGUCUAG